GGGCGGACGCCCUCCGCUCUAACUGACCUCCUCACUUUCUGCUGUUGUGGGAAACGUAGCGAAAGCCGUUAGCUGAGCAUCAGCAGUUGUCGACAUGUUUGAUGAGAAAGACUCUCUGAAGGAGGGCGUGGAGAAAAAAGAGGAGCCGGUGGUGAGCAUCACUGGUAGCGCGUACUCUGUGAAGCAGGCGGAGGAGGACGGAGAACCGAUGAAGGUGGAAGCGCUGGGGCCUGAUUGCUGCUCUGACGACCUCGGCUGUGGGGAUGCCGCCAUAAAACCAAACCUCCUAGGGCUCGAGGCUGACGAGGAGAAAUGCCGGAAUAUCCGCAAGCAGUACCGGCAGCUCAUCUAUAACGUGCAGCAGAAUCGUGAUGACAUAGUGAACAGAGCGAGCAACUCAUUAACCGAGGCUCUUGAGGAAGCCAAUGUCCUGUUUGAUGGAGUGAGCCGAACAAGGGAAGCAGCCCUCGAUGCCCAGUUUCUUGUUUUGGCUUCUGAUUUGGGUAAAGAAAAAGCAAAGCAGCUAAACUCUAAUACGAGCUUUUUUAAUCAAGUAGCGUUUUGUGACUUUCUGUUUAUAUUUGUGGGUCUAAACUGGAUGGAAGAGGAUGAACAUGAUGAGUUGGGUGGCUGUGAUGAUAAUAUAGCUCUUUCCUUCUGGGAGACAGUACAAAAGGAAGCAACAUCCUGGAUAGUGCGAGCUGAAACAUUCCACUUUAUUUUUGGUUCGUUCAAGUCAGAGCCUUCUGCACCAAAGCCCCGGCUUGACCACCAGAAAAAAGUUCACAAAAUGGAAGAAAACGGGGAUAUGCCUACAAAGCUGAGGAAGUUGGACCUGAAUGGUAAUCAAGAAGCGACAGAAAAAGAAGUGGAAAGAAUCUUGGGAUUGUUGCAAAUGUACUUUCGAAAGUAUCCUGAUACUCCUGUGUCCUAUUUUGAAUUUGUGGUUGAUCCAAACUCUUUUUCUCGUACUGUGGAGAAUAUAUUUUAUGUUUCUUUCAUUAUAAGGGAUGGUUUUGCAAGAAUAAGGCUUGACCAAGACAGGCUGCCAAUAUUAGAGCCAAUUAAUAUUAACCAAAUGGGUGAGGGAAAUGAUCCCAGUUCCCAUGGCAGGAAACAAGGAGUUAUAUCUUUGAGUUUACAGGACUGGAAAAAUAUUGUGGCAACUUUUGAAAUUUCAGAGGCUAUGAUCACAAACUCAUACUAAAGAUUUUUGUUCUUAGUAUAGGAUGCGUUUUCUGGCUUUUCUAAUGUAUUUCAAAAUGAAGAGUAAAAUCUGAACAGAAGCACAUAUUGUAUCUCUUGGAAAGUGAAAAAGUAUUUUCAAGAACGUCAGAAAUUAUUUUACUGUGCAGUGUAUUUUUCUUGGUAGUUUGGUCUUCUGUUAUUAAAAAAAUGCACUGGCAUGUUCAUGAGAAAAAUUUUUUGAAUGCCUUUUAAGACUUAAUAAAAAUCCAUUCUGAAUUUCAUAAAUUACAAAGUAUUUGGUAAUUUGCCAAAAAAUCACUUAGGAUGUUCUGUGAUAUUACAUUGCUUCCUCUUUUAUAGGGAACCAAGGGAAUCCCAUAUGGGGCUCCUAACCAGGUUGGGGGAAGAGUGAGUGAAAAAAAUGGUCAAGAAAGACUAACCAUAGGGCAGUGAAUCUGCAAUGUUGAGUGUAAAAAAAAUUUAGAUGCCAUAUACUUCUUUACAAAGAGGAGUCAGUAAGAUUAAUGAGUGGAUAUCUAUAGUCUAAAUAAUUUCUCGUGAUGGAACUCAACAAAGGUAGUGUGUCUCUACUGUAGUAGGUGAGGUGUUAAUUAAGUGCUGAAAGCUGAGUAGGAAUUGGUUAAAGACAGGAGAGGUGUUCUAGGCAGGGGAGUAUGGAAUUGGGAAAAGUUAUGGCACCAGAGAACCAUAAGAUUUUUAAGAAAACUAUUCCAUUUCAAUGUUAAACUGGGCAAAAAUUGAAUUAACUCGUAUUUUAGUAUUCUCAGAGGUAGAAAAUAUUUUUGUCAGAUUAUUUCAAACAAAAUCUUUUGACAUCCAGUUAUAGUCUUUAUCUACUUGGGUAGUUUCUUUGCUGGCUUCUUGUUUCCCUUGGUAGCUUCUGCUAGUACACAGAGUGUUGUUCAGAAUCAGUGAUGUUUCAUUGUGUGACAGCCUUGACUAUUUGUUCUCCAUUCGAUUUUCCAUUUCUUAAUAGGGCUUUAAAUGCCUGGAAACCGUCCCUGUUUAAACUGAAAUAUAUGACUAAUUUAUCCAAAUGUUCUUCAAUUCAUAUAAAGCCAUGAAGGCUUUUUUUUCUUUUUGUUGCUUGCAGUUGUUUUAAGAGUAUAAAUUACAGCCUUAUUUGGAGGUUACUGCCAAAAAUUUGGAUCUUUAAGAAAACAGUUUCCGAAGGUGCAGUGAGCAUGCCUAGAAGCUUCUUUUCUUGAUCCCUCUAGGAACUUAAUUGUUGGUAGGAGUGGAUUUUUACCAUUAAACUGGUAAGUGGAUAAGUAUCUGUUUUGCAUAGCAGUAAUGAUAAACUUUCCUGCUAAGUCAAGUGGGAUGUAAAGGGAAGGGAAAUCCAAAGACAGAACGAAUGACAUCAAGAUUGAGAGGAGAGAUCUUAUAUAUGUGUGGGGAAGGUUCUUCACCAGUAAUAGUGGAGGUUUUUAGCAAAGAGAGAAAUUUCUCAUGAAACUUGGCCAGUUAUUUCCUAGUCGUUCCUUCCCCUUUAUCGUGUGAAGGAGUGCUAACCUUCGCGGUGUCUACCACCACCCUUUGAUUUAGCAGUCAUGGAAGCAUCGUUUGGUUUCUCUGAUCCUCACUUAGCAUGUCUCUACCAGCUGAGUUCCUUGGGUUUUCCAGAGGUUUGCUGUUUGAGGAAAUAGUACUCUUAAUGAUAGCAAAAAGGUGUUGCCUCAGUUCCUUACUCACCCCCAGCUUGCUCUGUUAAAUGCCUAGUGUCUUUACUAGGAUAUUUGAAACUUAGUGAUGAUUAAAAGCAUUAAUAGAUAAUCUGGAGGUUUGUGGAGACAGUAGUUUUUUAGGUCUUCUCUAAAGUUAUAGCUGUUAAAAUAUAAAUCAAGUAUCUCUUGUUUCUAUUUUUACUGGUUGUCAUGACACCUGGGUUGUCUCAUCACCUUGAAAUUAAAGCGACUGCUAACCUUGAAGAAAAAAGGAAAAUUGACCAAUAGAUAAUUCAAUUAUAGAGAUUAAAUAUGAAGCAAACUGCAAAUCUACUGGUUUCCUAUUAAUAUAGUUAGAGUGGCUUAAAUUUUACAGGUUCAAUAAAAUCAACUGAAUUUUAGGAGAAUAUUAUGGAAAGUUCUUUAAAUUAGAACUUUAUUGUAUAACAGAACCACUUUCUGAUCAAAGGAUCUGGGAUCAGAUCUUUACUCUCUAACAUUCUAGUUAGAGACUUGGGGAAAAUUACUGAACCUGUAAACCUUGGGUUUUUGAUUUGCUAAGUGGGAAUAAUACCUAUCCCUUAAGUUUACAGUAAGGAUAAAAUUAGGAAAUGUAUGUGACAAGUACUUUGAAAUGUGAAUUACUGGGUAUGGUGUAGUGAGAAAAGCAAGAGAUUUGUGUUUCAGUGGGUUCAAUUCUUGAAGUUUCUUAAUCUCUAAGGCCUGCUAUAUCAUCAUUUCUGAAACGGGAAUGACAUCUGCUUGGAAGACUAUUGUGAGGAUUAAGUGGGAUAGUAGAUGUAAAACAUCUAGCACAGUGUCUGGCUCAUCGUGAGCACUCAUGUUAGUGCCUCACUUUCUGGGUCAGGGUCGGAAAGCCCAUGCUGCCACCUCCUUCCAUGGUGACAUCUGUGUCAUAGUUCAGUUACUUUCCUUUAAGUCUGGAUGUGACUUCCUCAUAGUCUUGCCUUUGUUCUGGGGAAUCCCAUACCGAGCACUUGGAAUUGGCACUUUGUUAAUUUACUCAGUGCCACUGUGCCAGGAACUGCUCUAGGCACUGAUGGGAAAAGUGGUGGACAGAAAAUUGCCCAUCUCUCGUGGAAUUCUUAUUUUAGUGGGUGUAUUAGUUUCCUAUUGCUGCUGUUAUCAAUUACUGUUUAGUGGCUUAAAACAACACAAAUCUAUUAUCUUACUGUUCUGGAGGUUGGAAGUCAAAUCGGUUUUUCUGGGCUACAGUCAAGGUGUCAGCAGGGCUGGUCCCUGUUGAGGCUCUGAGGGGAGAACCUGUUUUCUUGCCUUUUUCAGUUUUUGGAGGCCGCCUGCAUUCAUUGAUUCACGGUCUCUUCCUCCAUUAUCAAAGCUGACAGUGCAACCUCUUCUGUUUUCACGUUUUCUACUGUAAUGAAGCCUCCCUCUUAUAAGGAUACUUGUGAUUAAGUUGGGCCCACUGAGAUAAUCCCGGAAGAUCUCCCCAUCCCCAGGUCCUUAAAUCACAUCUCCAAAGUCCCUUUUAUGGGUAGUGUAUUCACAAGUUCUAGGGAUUCGGACUUCGAUGUUGGAGGACCAUUGUUCAGCCUAUCAGAGGGGGAGUCAACAAUAUUCCUAUUAAUGAUGAUUGCUCUGUAGAAAAACUGCUUGGAUAAUGGUUGAGAUGCUACCUCAAAGUGAUAAGGGAAGGCCCCCGGGGGGGAGGCAUUUGAAAUGGAAUCUGUUUGUCAUAAGUAAUUUGCCAGAGUAGUUGAUAAGAGUAAAUGUUAAGUAUUACCUUGGCUCUAGAUAUUUUAGGUGCAUAAUAGCUGAAGAUCUAGAUAAUUAAUUGGUCAUGGAGAAUCAACUUCCCUGGUUCUACUUGGAGGAGGAUAGUGUAGCAAGAACCUCUACUUCCUUGAACUUUUAAUUAUUUGAUUUGAGCUCACUUGAGUAUUAUUGUUUGGUACUUUCCACCUAGCACCUGCCAACAACAUUGACUCAGAAUUUCCCUAGGCCAGGAAUUGGCAAAUUUUUUUCUGCAAAAAGCCAGAUAGUAAAUAUUUUAAGCUUUGUGAGCCAUAUGAUCUCUGUUGAAAUUAAUCAACUAUGCUAUUGUUGGGAAAACAGCAGAUAUUAUAGACAAUAUGGAAACAAAUGAGUGUGCUGUUUUCCAAUAAAACUUUAUUUAUGGGUACUGAAAUUUGAAUUUCAUAUAAUUUUCAUGUAUCAUGAAGUAUUACUCUUGAUUUUUUCCCCCUUAUUAAAAAUGUUAAGAAUCAUCCUUAGGGGCUGUUAAAAAAAAAACCAAAAAACUGGCCUACUGGAUUUGCCCUGCAGGCUGUAGUUUGCCAACUUCUGUCUUAGGCUCAGGGCCCAUUCUCUCCUAGACAGUCUGUAGCAUUUAAGCCAUCAUUUAGUGUUAUUUCUUUCCUGCCACAUAAUCCUCCAAAGCACAAAGAGGCUUGAGGUACAACCCCAGUGGAUGCUGCAGCAUGUCGGCAACAUAGCAGUCAGAUAUCAAAGGAAGUUGGCUCCUGGUGUGGGUGAGAUAAUCACUGUAGACAGGGUACCCAGGCAGGAGAAUUGAAGGAACUUGCCCAAGAUCAGACGUAAGUGGUAAAGUCAGGUUCAGAUUUGGUCUAUAUCUAAGCUCCUAACCCACUAUGCUAUAUGCCUUGUACUUUUCCGGUGUUUUACCACAACUUUUAUUUUUAUGGAUGAGAAAACUGAAACCCAGCCUCUUGAUAUUCAUACCAGAGUAGGAACUAGCACCUAAGUCUUUUAUUCUGGAAAUAUUUUUGAAAAUCACACAUAUAUAUCACAAAGUUGGCACUGGUGAUGCAAAGAUGAAAGACAAGAUGCCUGAAGAUGCCUGUCCUUGCAUAGUUGGUGGGAUUGUGUGAUGAUGCCAGUGGGAUCUCAGAGGAGGACCCAACUUGAGGGCACUGUCAAGUAAAGACUUCCUGCUAAAUAUUGAAGGGCACAAAGGACUGGGGUGGAACAGCCUGUGCUAAGUGCCCUGACAACAUGUGUUAAUGGAGUUGCAAUUAAAAAAAGACAGUGCUCUUUGGAGACUUCAGCGAGACUUCAUGGAAGGAAUGGGUGUUAUGUUGGAGUCUUAGAAUGUUGGUAAAGGAAUCCCCCAACCCCUAAAGGAAUGCUUUAGGAGGGUAAUGUGUUUGUGUACGUUGAAUACAAAUAAUCUAACAUUGUGCAGUCUGUCUAUGUGCUGGAUCAGGAUGUGUGACAGGAAGAGGGCAUUUCAUGUGGGGGGCGGUGCAGGGAAGUGCAGGGAGCAUCUGUAAAACACUCCGGAGCUUUUGACUCAGCCCCAGGCCAGUUCUCUUCUUUAGGAAGGGGAGAACUAGUAACUUAAAAGGAUUUUUCCUACCAGCCACUGUGCUGAUAUGCAUUAUCUCACUUAAACUCAGCAGUUUGGUGAGGUAUAGGGGUAUGUUAACUUCAUUUUACAAAAUGACAGAACAGAGACUCCUAAGGAUUAGGUGAUUAGCCCAAGUCACCUAGCCUCAAGAGUGGUAGAGCAAGUAUUUUAACCUAGGUCACUUCAACACCAGAGCUCACAUAUGAUGGUAAAAAAAAAAAACCAAAAAACAAACAAAAACAGUACAAAUCUGUGCCUAAAGGAUAUGAAUCAUGUUUGGGGGGGAAAUGAAAAUUACUUAUUCUAAUUUUAAAGAAACCUAGCACACUUGAAUUGUUUUCAGUAUUCUGCCUUUUUGGGGGGAGUCUGGAGCAGUGUUUUACCUGAGGAGGGGUGGGGGAAAAGCAUUGCUGUGAGAGGCAGAUGGGAGAAAUGGAAGAACAUCCUGUAUGUGAACCCGGCAAACACCUGCAGGUGAGGUGUUGUAUAUUUACACUAUGUCCUGUAGCAGUGGUUCCCACAGUGUGGUCUGGAUUCCUCCGGGGGCCCCUGAGGCCCCUUCAGGGAAGUCCUUGAGGUCAAAAUUGUCUUCAUAGUACUAAAAUGCUGUUUGCCUUUUUUUACUCUUAAUUCUUUUGCAAGCCUACCAUGGAGUUUUCCACAGGCUACAUGAUAGGCAGUGUUGCAGCAGACUGAACACAGAAAAGAUAAUGAGUUGUUUUUUAUUAAGACAGACAUUAAAGAGAAUUACAAAGAUAUAAAACAAGGCCACUCU